CUUUUAGAGAGAGAAUUGAAGAUGAGUGGCAUUGGUGAAAGAUGGAGGGUUCUAAGUGGGAGUGAUAACUGGGAAGGGCUACUGGAGCCUUUGGAUUCGGAUCUCCGCCGUUACCUCAUUCACUACGGAACCAUGGUUGCACCCGCAAGCAAUUCUUUCAUAGACGAACCAGCUUCCAAAUAUGUGGGAUUAUCACGAUAUGCCAGGAAAAACCUCCUUGCCAAGUGUGGAGUAGCCAAGGGAAACCCUUUCAAAUAUGAAGUGACCAAAUACUUUUAUGCAACAUCUGGAUUCCCAAUCGGAGCUAGGACAGGGUACACUGUGAGCCCAGCCCGAGUGGAUGCAGUGCUAAGGGAAUCAAACUGGAAUGGAUAUAUUGCUGUGGCCACGGAUGAGGGAAAAGUUGCUUUAGGACGAAGAGAUAUUUUGGUUGUUUGGAGGGGAACACGCCGAUUCUUAGAGGCCAUUACUGAUAUCACAUUGGUUUUUGUUAAUGCGCCAUUAAUCUUUGGCCAAAACUCUCAUCCUCUGGUGCAUAAGGGCUUUUACGAUAUGUAUACCACCACCAUUCAAGAUUCUCAACUCAAUAGAAUGAGUGCCAGAGAUCAGAUUCGUGAAGAAGUUGCAAGACUUGUUGAGUUAUACAAGGACGAGGACAUCAGCAUAACCGUGGCAGGGCACAGCUUGGGUGCAUCCAUGGCAACACUAAACGCAGUAGACCUGGCUGCCAAUCCAAUCAACCAUAAUAAACAUGUCCCAGUCACUGCUUUCUUGUAUGCAAGCCUCAAAGUAGGGGAUGAGAAUUUUAAAAACGCCUUCUCUAAUCAACAAAAAAACCUUCGAGCCUUGCGAAUCUCCGACGCCAAUGAUCCUUUUCCAAAAUUUCCCGAGUCUGCACCCAUGGAGGGUAAGAUAAACCCAAAAAUACCUUACGUAGAUGUGGGGGUGGGUUUGGUGAUUGAAUCUAAGAAAUCCCACUAUUUGAAGGAUCUUGAGGGCCUCUCCUAUCAUGACUUGAUGCUUUAUAUGCAUGGAAUUGAUGGAUACCAAGGGUCUCGAGGAGGGUUUGAGCGUCAGGGUGACUUUGAUCUUGCCAGGGUUAAUAGGUAUCAGGGUGCAUUGAAAGACGAGUAUCGUAUACCCACAGAAUGGUUUAACAUAAAGGAUAAAGGAAUGGUUCAGCAGGACGACGGGAAUUAUAUCCUUGACGAUCAUGAAGUGGACGAGGACGAGACAUUUUAAACAGAAUGCAAUAUGUGUGUUUGAAUAAAGCUAAGUCUUCGAUCUCUAGCUUCAUGAAGACCUUAAUUAAUUUCUAUAAUUAUUCAGUGUGUUUUGAAUAAAAUUGGAGCUGAGGCAACUAGCCGCUUGUGGCUUGCUGUCUAGUCCAAUGCAUGUGUGUGCGAGAUUUGUUUGCGAGCUUGUAUUUCAAUUAUUAUGUUUCAAUCA